AUGGAUAAAUUCCGCACGCUCUUCCAGCACUUCCAGUGCAGCUCCGAGCUGGUGAUGAAUGGCAUCUGCCUGCUGCUGGCCGUGGUCACAGUCAAGCUGUACUCCUCCUUCGACUUCAACUGCCCCCGCCUGGCGUGCUACAGUGCCCUCUAUGGCCUGGGCUUGCCCCCCUUUUCCUCUGCAGCCUCCUGGCCAACAGGCAGUCAGUCCGUGGUGAUGGUGGAGGAGUGGCGCCGGCCUGCGGGGCACCGAGGGAAGGACCCAGGCAUCAUCAGGUUUAUGUUCUCCUCUGUGCUGCAGAGAGCACUGGCCGCCCCCCUUGUCUGGAUCCUGCUGGCUCUCCUCAAUGGGAAGUGCUUCGUGUGUGCCUUCAGCAGCUCCAUGGACCCCGACAAGUUUCUAGAUUUUGCCAACAUGACCCCCAGCCAGGUGCAGCUCUUUCUGGCCAAGGUGCCCUGCAAGGAAGAUGAGCUGGUGAGGGACAGCCCAGCUCGGAAGGCAGUGUCUCGCUACCUGCAGUGCCUGUCACAGGCACUGGGCUGGUCCUUCGUGCUGCUGACCACACUGUUGGCAUUCGUCAUGUGCUCUGUGCGGCCCUGCUUCACUCAGGCCGCCUUCCUCAAAAGCAAGUACUGGUCCCACUACAUCGACAUUGAGCACAAGCUCUUCGAUGAGACAUGCACGGAGCACGCCAAGGCCUUUGCCAAGGUCUGUAUCCAGCAGUUCUUCGAGGCCAUGAUCCAUGACCUGGAGCUGGGUCACGGCCGUGGGGUGCUGGCUGCAGUCUCUGCUGGCUCAGCUGCCCCCACUGCCACAGACGGUGCCAACGAGGAGAGGGAGAAGCUGCACGGCAUCACCGAUCAAGGCACCAUGAACAGGCUGCUCCCGUGCUGGCACGAGGGCAAGCCGCCCCUGCGGCUGAGCCAGGAAGAGCCACUGGUGGGCGAUGGCUGGGCUGGGGGCGGGUCCCAGCCUUCACGCAAGGAGGUGGCCACCUACUUCAGCAAAGUGUGAGCCGCAGCCAGGUGAAGAGGCAGGAAUGGGGGUCUGAGGC